AUCCCAUGUCGCUUCUUCAAUCUCCAGCUAUUAUACUCUUCAUCUCCUGCCUCUCCUGUAUAUAUAGAGAUUGAGUUAUAUAUAUAUAUGUGACAGAAAAACAUCAUCAGAUCAACAACAUUAGUUCCUAAACUUAUUAUUAUUGCUAGAUAGCAGAGAACAUGGGUAGAGCUCCUUGUUGUGACAAAGCCAACGUCAAGAAAGGGCCAUGGUCUCCCGACGAAGAUGCCAAGCUUAAGGCCUAUAUCCACCAACACGGAACCGGCGGCAAUUGGAUCGCCCUUCCCCAGAAAAUAGGCCUAAAGAGAUGUGGGAAGAGUUGUCGAUUAAGAUGGUUGAACUAUCUCCGACCAAACAUCAAACAUGGAGAGUUUACUAGGGAAGAAGACAACAUUAUCUGCGCUCUCUACCUAAGCAUCGGUAGCAGGUGGUCCAUUAUAGCGGCACAGUUACCUGGGAGAACAGAUAAUGACAUCAAGAACUACUGGAACACAAAGCUGAAGAAAAAGCUCCUAGGUAUCAAGCAGAGAAGGGAUCAUUCGCAGGAGAUGAUGUCAAGCAAGGAAAGGGACAAGUUGCAGGCUGAUCAGACGGCGGCGAUGAAUAAUGUAUGCCCGCCGCCGGUAGCGUUUCCGGCACCGGAAGUUCUAUGCGAAUAUCCUAUGUACACGACCAUGGAUUGCAUAACCAACAGUUAUUCAUCGUCGUCUUUCGCGACUAACAACUAUUCACCCCUCGUCAUGAGUGAUGUCAUAGCUACAAAUGAUGUUUUCCGACCAGCUUUCAGUUUCCCAACGACUGCGCUCAACCACCACGACUUUCUGUACGGUUACAAUUCGCCGCCGCCGCAGCAGCAGCUAGCAGACAGAUAUAGCAGUACUAUAACUUCUGCUUCUUCUUCAGAAGGCACAAGUAGUAACUGGGAAGAUAUAAGCUCUCUGGUUUAUCCACCGCCAAAAAUGGUGUCCACCAAUCAUCAUCUUGAUGAGGUUUGUCCUCCCACCAUGUUUUCAAUGGGAUUCAAACCAUAACAUGCUCUGAUACCAAUUAUCAAGAUACCACUAUGGCAAAAGUUAUAGUUAGUAGCGAAUGUGCAAUUUUAUUUUAUUAAACUUGCAUAGCAGUCAGCGCCACAUUUCGAUGACAGGAUCUCCGAACCCACAUUUUGUUAAUCCCAGUGAACUUAGCUUUCAGUGAAUGAAUCAGGAAAUAUAUAUGGGUGUACGAUUAUUAUUAAUAAUAUUAUUAUUAUUAUUGCACUAUCAUUUUCAUUUCAUAUUGA